AUGCAAUGGGUAUCUUACACAUCCGGUACAGCAUACACAGUGUCUGAGUCACGUGACGGAAAGGUACAAGUAACCAAGUUGGUGAAGUACUCCAUCACAACUGAAGAGAACAUCACUCAAUCAGAGAUGGAUACAAAGUCUCAAGUCACACCCAUAAUGGAUGAGGACGAGGGGACAAUAACCGGUUUUGUCUCUCAGCAAUUUGAACCAACCGGUCUCAUGGUACCUAAUAUGACAGCGGAAGGACGCUCUCUGUUAACACAGCUUCGGAAGGGGAUCAAAAUCAAAUCUCGAAAACCCAAUGGGAGAGACAAAAAGAUCUCAAUGAAGACCACAGGGUUGACAGAGAAAGAAAUUCUUGAUUUUAUCAUAAAAGAUCCCAAAAUAAAUAUGCCGAAGCUUUUGAGACAUUUUCAAAAAGAAAGGGAAUUGGAAAUUGAUUAA